CCCGAAUCCAAGGACAACAAAUAACGCACAUUAUUGUCAAUGACAGCACGCCAACCCCUCCAUAUACUCUUCGCCUAAGCAUCUUCUCAACGGCAGCAGGAUAGGCAAGCUCUAUUCGAAUUCAGUGCUUGCCGCACUCCUCUUACUACCAUCUGCUGCCUCGAGUUUUUCCGCCACAUAGUUCGCCAUGGACGACUCCGUGAUGGAUGACUACGAUGACUACGGCGAUUCCGAUAACUUCUCCCCGGUACCUGUCGUUAAAGCCAAACCGAAGCCCAAGGCUGCCCCCAAGAAAGCACCUGCAGCCAAAGCCGCCGCAAAGCCAAAGGCUGCCCCCAAAAAACUGUCUCAAACCACACUAAAGACCAAGUCUGUACCAAGCAAACGCCCCAAACCCGACAGCGACGACGAUGAGGAUGCACCAGAAGAUGGCGAGGCUGCAAUUGAAGAUGACACAAUGUUGUCAAAUACCCCACCAAGCGCCAAGAAGCAGAAGAAGGCCCCGGUCGCGAAGAAGGCGGCGGGAAAACCUCUGGAAACGAUCGAGAACGAAAGUAUGAACUUAGACGGCCCUACAGAAUCGAAGCCCAAGAGUGGCAACUCGACUGAUCGCUAUCAAAAACUCAGCCCUGUUCAGCACAUCCUCACACGUCCCGAUACAUACAUUGGCUCUGUCGAACGAACCGAACAGCAAAUGUGGGUCUUCAAUUCUCAGACAGAGCAAAUGGAGAGUCGGAAGGUUGAGUACAUUCCUGGGCUAUACAAGAUAUUCGAUGAGAUUCUUGUAAAUGCAGCCGACAACAAGCAAAACGAUGCAAACAUGAAAGCCCUCAAGGUCACAGUGGAUCGCGAAAAAGGAGAGAUUAGUGUCGAAAACGAUGGUCGAGGUAUCCCCAUCGAGAUCCACGAGAAGGAGAAAAUUUAUAUUCCAGAGAUGAUUUUCGGUCAUCUUUUGACCUCAUCCAAUUAUGAUGACGAGCAAUCGAAGACAACCGGAGGCCGCAACGGCUAUGGUGCGAAGCUUUGCAAUAUUUUCAGCACAUCGUUUACACUGGAAACUCAGGACAGCAAGAACGGGAAAAGAUAUAAGCAGGUUUGGACAGACAAUAUGUCCAAUAUGAGCAAAGCCAAAAUCACGGCCAAUAAGUCAGCAGACUUCACCAGAGUUACCUUCACUCCGGAUUGGAAGAAGUUCCAGAUGGAUGGCAUUGACGAUGAUUUUGAAGGCUUGGUCAAGCGACGCGUCUAUGAUCUUGCUGGCACAGUGAAAGGUGUAUCUGUGUAUCUCAAUGGCACCAAAAUCAAAAUCAAUUCUUUCAAGAAAUACAUUGAGAUGUAUGCCAAGGCCAUCAAUGCCCAGCGUGGCGUCCAAGAUGCCGAAGUCAAAACAACCGUCAUUGUCGACGACGACGACUCACAUAAGCGAUGGGAGAUUGGAUUUGCUGUUUCAGAUGGCUCGUUCCAACAAGUUUCCUUCGUGAACUCUAUCGCCACCACCACUGGAGGUACACACGUCAGCUAUAUUGCUGAUCAGAUUUGCCAAAGGCUCCUUGAUCACGUCAAGAAGAUCAACAAACAAGGAACAGCAUUGAAAACCAACCAAAUCCGAAACCAUAUUUUCCUCUUCGUCAAUUGCCUGAUUGUCAAUCCUGCCUUCACUUCUCAGACCAAGGAGCAGCUGACAACCAAAGUAAGCCAAUUCGGCAGCAAGUGCCAGGUCACGGAAGAGUUUCUGAAGAAGAUCGUCAAGACCGAUGCAGUUGCCAACAUCAUGCAUUUUGCUCAGCAAAAAGCCGACCAGGUGUUGUCGAAGAGUGAUGGCAACAGGCGUUCGCGUAUGACCAACCCCAAACUUGUGGACGCCAACUUGGCAGGAACGAGACGUGGGCACGAGUGUACGUUGAUCCUCACUGAAGGUGACUCUGCUAAGGCUCUCGCCGUUGCUGGCAGAGCCAUCCUGGACCCUGACAGGAUUGGGGUGUUCCCGCUUCGAGGAAAGAUGCUCAAUGUUCGAGAUGCUUCUAUUGAUCAAAUUUCGAAGAAUGCUGAGAUCCAGAAUAUCAAGCAGUUUCUUGGUCUCAAGCACAAGCAGGUCUACACCGAUCCACAGUCGCAAGGCCUUCGGUAUGGACAUCUGAUGAUUAUGGCCGAUCAAGAUCACGAUGGUAGCCAUAUCAAGGGGUUAUUGAUCAACUUCCUACACGUGGCCUUUCCUAGCUUGUUGAAGCUGCCUAAUUUCUUCCAAGAAUUUAUUACGCCUAUCGUUAAAGUGUGGAAGGGACCCAACCCGAAAACCGCGAUUUCCCGGACAUUCUUCACCAUGCCUCAAUAUGACGAAUGGAGAGAGAGGCAUAAGCACGAACGCAGUUGGAAGCACAAGUACUACAAGGGUCUGGGAACUAGUACCACUCAAGACGCCCAAGUUUACUUCACGAAACUCGACGAGCAUCUGAAAGAGUUUGAGCCCAUCAAGAGAGAAGAAGAGGAUCUGUUUGAUCUUGCAUUCUCGAAGAAGCGGGCUGAUCACCGAAAGCAGUGGUUAGGCAACUUCGUCCCUGGCACUUUCCUAGACCACUCGUCCAGCAAAAUCUCAUACGAUGAUUUCGUUAAUCGCGAACUUAUCCUUUUCAGUAUGGCUGACAACAUGCGAUCUAUUCCUUCGGUUAUUGAUGGUCUUAAGCCGGGUCAGCGAAAGGUCAUCUAUUCUGCAUUCACUCGCAACAUCACUUCGGAUAUGAAGGUUGUGGAGCUUGCUGGUUACUGUUCUGGACUGACGGCAUACCAACACGGAGAACAGUCGCUUCAGGGUACUAUCAUUGGUCUCGCCCAAGACUUUGUGGGAUCCAACAAUGUCAACUGCCUAGAGCCCAGUGGAAAUUUCGGUUCUCGAUUGGCUGGUGGAAGUGAUGCUGCGAGCCCACGUUAUAUCUAUACUCGAUUGUCGCCGUUCGCGAGGCGCGUCUUCUCCCCCCUUGAUGAGGCAAAUCUCGAAUACAAUACGGAUGAUGAUCGCCGUAUUGAGCCAAAGGUGUACUGCCCCAUUGUACCCAUGGUUCUUAUCAACGGUGCGGAGGGUAUUGGUACCGGUUGGAGUACGUCUAUUCCCAACUAUCACCCAGAAGACAUUGUCACGAACUUGAAACGUCGCAUGGGACGCCUCGAUAGCUCUGAGGAACAGCCGUUUGAGCCAAUGAUGCCGUGGUUCCGUGGCUGGAAAGGUGUCGUGGAAGAGGCAGGCCCAGACCGUUUCCGGGCCGAUGGAAGAAUCAGCGAAGGCCCCGGAGACAACGAAGUUGAGAUUACUGAGCUGCCUAUUCGUGUCUGGACCGACGAUUUCAAAGGCAAGCUUGAGGAAGUCAUCAAGGGCGAAAAGGUCACGUCAUUCAUCAAGGAUUACAAAGAAUUCAACGACCAUGACAAUGUCCACUUCGUUGUUCAAAUGGAAGCUUCUCAGAUGAAGGCCGCUCUUACUGAAGGCUUAGAAGAGAAAUUCAAGCUGCAGAAGACAAUUGCGACGUCCAACUUAGUUGCUUUCGAUCUUGAGGGCCGCAUCCGCAAAUACACCAAGGUUGAGGAGAUUCUUGAAGAGUUUUACGUCCACCGACUUGCAAUGUACACAAAGAGAAAGCAGCAUUGGCUAGAUGUCUUUGGAAAGGAGUAUCGUAAGCUGAGCAACCAAGCUAGGUUUGUUCUGGAUAUAAUCGACAACAAGCUUGUUGUUUCCAAGAAAACCAAGCCAAAGCUUGUCGCUGAGCUCCGUGCCAAGAAAUACGAGCCAUUUCCGAAAGUCAAAGACGCCAAAAAAGCAGGCGAGGCGGAUGAUGUUGUGGAGAACGACGAAGAAGUUCCAGAUGACGAAGAGGGGGGUGCAAGAGACUACGACUAUCUUCUUGGGCUUCCUAUUUGGUCGCUUACGCAAGAGCGUGUUGAUAAACUCAAUCGACAGAUGGUAGACAAGAAGGCAGAGCUCGAUGAUCUUGAAGCGUUGAGCGAAAAGGACCUUUGGUGCCGUGAUCUUGAUGCCUUCCUUGAGGUUUGGCAUGCGGCCCUUGAGGAAGAUACCCAGGUUAAGAAGAGCAUUCGAUCACUUGGCCGCCGAGCGUCAAAGAAGCUUGGUGUUGGCAAAGGUGGCAAGUUGUCGACCAAGAUCAAGAAGGACGAGGAAUAUAUGCCAACGAAAAAGGCUGCCAAACCAGCCAAGGCCAACCCUACCAAGGGAGUGGUCCAAGUUAAACCAACUGAGACAGCGAAGAAGCGUUUCGAAGACAUGUUCUCUGCGAAACCAAAGAAACCGAAGACUCAAACCCUUGGAUCAGAUGGCGCCGAAGAGAUGUCGGGCCUUUCAGACGACGAUUUUGCCGCUGUUUCGGCUGCACCUGCGCCCGCUGCGUCCAGGAGCAAGAGGGCGGCUGCCGCGAAGCCAAAGAAUUGGCUCGUAGAAGACGACGACGAGUCUGAAAGCGACGACGACAAGAUGCUCGGGGAUGUUGGAGCGAUGGUCAAGGGUAUUGGUGCUGAAUCCGACACCGCAGCGAACAAUGGCCGCCUGUCUCUCUUCGCAAUGUCAAGGCCAGGCAGCAGUUCUGGCAAAGCUCCCUCAGCAUCUUCCAAGUCCAAGCCAGCUGCUAAAAGCAAGGUUAUUGACUUGUCUGAUGACGAUGAGACUAACUAUGAGAUGUUGGCCAAACCUUCACCGCAGAAAGCUCAGGCACCCCAGCCACUGGAUCGAGACCUGGAUAGCUUCCUGAGUAAUGACGACAGUUUGCCUGUUUUAGUGAAAGCAGCAGCAACCAAGCCAGCCCCAAAAGCAAAAGCCGUCCCAGCGCCAAAGCCUAAAAAGGCUCCGGUCGUGAAGAAGGCACCUGUGAAGGCUGCGGAACCAGCGCCAAAGCCACCCGGAUUGUCUCCGGCUGCCAAGGCUUAUGCUGCCAAGCAAGCCAAAGUAAAGGUCACCUCCAAGGCUGCUGCCAAAGACGAUUCGGAAGAUGAUUUGGCAAUGAGCGAUGCGGAGGAUGUCGAUGAAGAUGUCACGGAAAGCCCUGUCAGACCUGCCGCAAGGGGUCGCCCUGCUCGUGCCGCGGUAGUGAAGGCAAAGUCUAAGAAGCCCGUAUAUGCGGACAGUGACGAAGAGGAAGAGGAGAGUGUAGUGGAAGAGGACAGUUAUGAUUUUGAUGAGAGUGACUAAGUACUGUUCAAUGUCUCGGCCUGCAAUUCAAUGAAUGGCAGCGGUGUGGCGUGUGGAGUUUUGUUUGGGAAGGGGGGAUACGGGCGGCUGGUGGAUGGGAUGGGAUGCAAUCGGAUGACAUUAUCUUCAACUGGUUCACUUUGCUUUGGGAAGGUACUUAUGGGAGGGAUAUUGCCUAUGGUUAUUGCUAUUUGCUCAUCGCCGUUGUAUGGAUCGGGAUGCGCAUGUUAUGAUUAGUUUUCGUUAUUCGUGGCACCAUGCUUCCUUACUUGGGAUAAUUAUAAAUAUGACGCACAUACACAUC